AUAUAAAAAAUCUUUAGAAAAGUAUUAUUUUAUCAAAUAAAUGAAAACUUGUAACUCUCGUUGCCAAACAUGGGUUGCAUUCAUUCUCAAAUUCCUGAAUUUAUUCCAAUUAUUUCUUGGUUUUUCCAUCAUUCUUUACUCUGUCUAUAUCCUACACCACUGGAACAACCACCUGUUUCCAGAUUCUUCUGUUGUUUCUGAUCAACUAAUCAUUCAUCAUCUCAGUUUUACUGAUGGGACAAUCAGUGGUAAUAACUCACCAUGGUUCAUAUAUGCAUUUAUGGGACUUGGUGUUACAUUGUGUUGCGUCUCUUGCACCGGUCAUAUUGCAGCGGAAUCUAUUAAUGGGUGUUGCCUUUCUUUUUAUACUCUUCUGAAAACUGUAUUCAUCUUGUUGGAAGUGGCUUUAAUUUUGUUCAUUGCACUUGAUCGUCGUUGGGAAAGAGAUCUGCCCUCAGACCCAACUGGAGAAAUUGAUAAACUCCGAGUGUUUGUUGAAUCAAAUAUGGAUUUUUUUAGUUGGAUUGGCAUUACGGUUGUUGUAAUUCAGGUCCUGUGUCUGCUGCUUGCGAUAGUGUUGCUAGCAAUGAUGAGUCCAAAGGAUGAUGAGAAUCACAUUGAGAAGGAUGGUGACGUCAGAGGCAAAACUUGGGAGCCUUUGCUGAACCCAAGUACGAACCAAACAUUAGUGUCAGUAAGUGGUGAUGGUAAAUCUUUCCGCUCUGAUUUGUGGGGUUCGCGAAUGAGAGAAAAGUAUGGAUUGAGUAGCAGUAAUGUUUAGACAGCAAAGACUAAGCAAUCGACUCGGCAAAAUAUAAGAGCAAAAUCCUGCUCUUGUGUAUAUCUAUAGACAAGAUUCAAGCUUCAUUCUUUGUUCCCGUUAACCCACUUGAUUGAGAAGUGUUACGGUACAGUGUUUUCAUAUCAUAUUUGUGUGUUUGCUUCAUAUAGAAAUGAAAGCUGUUUUACUAUUUGUAUCUACAUACACAACUAUAUUGUGGUGUACCAUAUACAGAGUUACAGACAUGGACUUGUAUGGUGUAAAAUAGAUCCUUGUGUUUCUUGCCAUCUAUUCCAUAUUUCCAUUCA